AUGAUCACUUCCAUUUGGAAUUUGCCUGUGAACCGUUUGGACCACUUGGGAGUAGUGGACUGUGCGCAUAUAGCCAUUAAAGCUCCCAAUGCAGACGACUCUUCCUAUGUAAAUAAAAAAGGAUUUCACUCAAUCAAUUGCCAAUUAGUAUGUGAUGCCAGAGGACUGCUGCUGAGUGCUGAGACACAUUGGCCAGGUAGUCUGACAGAUAGAACUGUCUUUAAGCAAUCCAGUGUGGCACAGCUGUUUGAAGAGCAAGACAAUGACGAAGGUUGGCUUUUAGGUGACAAUCGUUACCCUCUAAAAAAGUGGCUGAUGACUCCAGUGCAGAAUCCGGAGUCCCCUGCUGACUACCGCUAUAACCUGGCUCACACAACGACACACGAGAUUGUGGACCGCACAUUCAGAGCCAUUCAGACACGUUUCCGGUGCCUGGAUGGGGCAAAAGGUUACCUGCAGUAUUCUCCAGAGAAAUGCUCCCAUAUCAUCCAGGCCUGCUGUGUACUACAUAACAUUUCCCUGCAGUCUGGCCUUGACGCCUGGACUUUUGAGAGGACUGAGGCCACAGACCAAUCAGGGGAGGAUAUUGAUCCCACUGACACUGUCGACCCAGAGGCUCUCAGAGUUCGACAGGAACUCAUCCAAAAUCGUUUCAGCUAA